ACUAAAUUCUUAUCAUACUGAAUACUAGCAUAAUCUAAUAGUACAUCUUAUUUGACAGAGUCUACAUUAAAAGCAACUACACAGCAGGCAAAAGAAACUUUAGGACUAUGAUUAGACCAUAAAUUGAAUCACAAUGAUUCUCAACUUCGGUUAACUCCAAAGAGAAAUUGUUAAAGGCGAAAUUAUUUGAUUAGAUACAUGAGAAAAAUAGAAGAAGUGGGGGAAUCGCGGGCUUGACAGGGACGGCAGUGAAACAUGACGUAAGCAUUGUCCCCUGGAACACCAAGCCUCACUAGGUGGGGACAGUGAAAAGAGAUAUGAUAAAUUUCAAUACCUAAUCUCACCUUCACCUCCAGCAUGAUCUCAUUUUUAUUCCUUGCCUCUCUAAUCUCAAGCCCUUUAAGAGUCCGUCCUUUUGGUCAGUAUCUCCACAAAGCCUCUUCCCACAUCUCAAUAUUUCAAAUUGCCUCUUCAGUUAAAUUGUGGGGAGGGAAGAAAAAGGACUUCUGUAAUUGCAACAUCCAGCAGAAUGAGAAGUGCUGAGGAUGGCAGCCGAGGAACUUCAAUACUUGAUCAAGGUGAGUGGUUGAGUUUGAGCUUAGGAAGAAACUCACCUUCAACAUCAAAAGAAUCCGAGUCGCAAACAAGACCUACUCCUGGCAAGGUUUUUUCAUGUAACUUCUGCAUGAGGAAGUUCUACAGUUCACAGGCUCUAGGAGGCCACCAGAAUGCUCACAAGAGGGAAAGAGGAGCAGUGAGACAAUAUCAGUCCCAGAGGAUGAUGACAAUGAUGGCCUUGCCUUUCAACAAUCCCAUGUUCAGAUCUCUUGGAAUGGUUCCCCACUCACUUGUGCAUAAAACAGGCAGAGAUGUAAGUACAACUGUGGCAAGGUUCAGUGAGGCUAGUGUAGGCUUUCAAACGACACCUCGUUCUAAUCCAGUAGAUGAAGGAUUGGACUUGAAAUGGCCAGGGAGUUUUCGACUAAAUCCACAACAAUCAGAAGACCAGGCCUCAAAUACAAAUAAGAUUGAUCUGAAUCUCAAGUUGUAAUUAUUCUACUCAUCUAUCGCAAAUGGAACUAUUAUAUCCUCUCCUGUAACAGCUUCAGCUUGGUUCAUUAUUAGUACUUGAACCGACUGUAUGAUCUGAAAAAACCUGUUUAGAGUAAAGGAUCCUACAAAAGUAGUGCUCCUAAAUGUCAAGAUUUCCAGCUUAAACCUGUCAGAUGAAUGACACCUAAGAUGUAAUCUGUACUUUUCAGUUGCUUUUAUUCCUAUUGCACUUAGAACAACUUUUUUAA